AUGGACCCCUCGCUGGAAUCUCCAGCAGCCGUCCAUGGUGCGCUUUUCCACCACUUGGCGAUGCCCGCCAGACUCCCACAGCAACGGGACCCCGAGAAACAAAUCCAGCUGAUCGAGUCCGACCUCGUCCAGCGCAUGGCAGCCGCUGCCAAGGUCAUGAGCGAAUUGCCUGGCAACAUCGACGAGUGCCGCGAUAUCUGGAUAUCAAUCCGCAAGACCCUCCUUGCCUGCCAGCAUCUUCACGCAGCUGGGCGAAUCGAUAAAGCAAGCCUUCUCCGCGAGCUACGUGGCUUGGGCCCCGCUGGUUGUAUCGUUCUGCAUAUUGAGAACCAGAAUGCUGGCCUCAUCAUUCGCCGAGCACAAGAUCCCAUCUUCAACGACAGUGUCGUCUUCGAGGCCUUCGAGGCGUCCGCCAAGAAUGAAAAUGUCUUGGCCACCAAGAGCGCCCUCCUCUGGAAUUUCCCCGGCAUCGCGGUUGCUAUUCCGUACACGACCUUUGCCGACGACCACUUCCAAUCAAGUCUGGCCACCUUCAUCGAGCAGGCGUCGUUGGAAACCGUAAAGGAUUUUGCUGCCCACGCCUUCAAGGCUGGCACUACUGUUUUUGAGUACCGCAACACAGGUGACCCCUCCAUCAUCACUUCUCUACUCAUGGCCAUCCUCGAGGAAAAUGGCCGACGCAUCGCACCAGUCCUUCUCAGGAAGCGCGUUCACGACGACGUCUGCUGGGACCACGCCAAAAAGCCUUGGCGCAGAUUACCUUACUACCUCGUCCUUCGCGUCAGCAUUGAGAGGCAGCUCUGCUUGUCCUUGAAACCCGAGCAGGGCCGUCUUGAGUACAAGUUCUUCAUCUGCAUCUUGCUAUUGGCAUUUCUCAGUGCAGCAAUCAACUUCCACGCCGCCACGGAAAACAUCCACUUUCUCAGAAAGAAAAUUUGCCGCCGGCUCGUCAAGCUCGAACUCGAUAAAAGCCGCUCCCAAGAUUUGGCCACCACCUCGCGAUACGACUUUCUUUUCGAUUCUCUCAAUCCUUCCUUCAAAGCAACCAUCGGCAACUGUUCUGAUCUGCUUCAGCGCGCCAUUAAUCAGACAAGGAAGAAUCAGACGAAACACAUACCCGAUCUUCCACGGAAAGCCGCCGACGCGGAUAUGCGACUCACUCUCAAGGUCAGCUAUGGCUACCUCAAGAACGUCAUCUCGAGUAACAGAGCCCCACGUGCCAUCAAACGAUACCGGGAAAUCAUAAACGAAGGCCCAGCUGAGGCAGCCAAAGAUCAUCUCAAUCGAUACGCCCAGCGCUAUCAUAAGCUGACCGAGACAGAGAUAGAGCUCCGUGUAUCGACCAAGGAUACCUGUUCGCAGGUUUCUCGACAAAUCUUUGACUAUGUCAACGCAGCACUUCCUCUAUACGCAGGCAAUGCCGGACAGAAGAGCCAGAUGCUAUUGACAGUUAUGGAGCUGUGGAUGAAGAUGGACUCGAUCGCAUGUGACGCUUUCCCUUUACUAAUGGACUUUCAUCCCAUGUUUGAACCGCAAAUGCUUGACGUUCUCCUCCUGCCUCAGCUUUCGGACAUGAGACGCCUCAAUAUCCUUCAGAACCUCCUUUCUGCGCGCAUUCGGAAAGUUCGUCCCAGUCACCGCAACAUCUUUGAAGACCCAGCUCCCGGCUGCUUCGCUGAGCGGUACUACACGGAGUCAAGCGAUGGUCCCGACUUGAGAGAGCUGCACCGUGAUAUCAUCAAGGUGGCUGACGAUAUGCGCGAUCACAAGAAGAAGGAAUGGAAGAGAAAGAGCAGCGAAUAUGACAACUUGAUCAGCCGUAUUGACACGAGCGCCUGCACAUAUCUGUUCGACGAGCACAACCUUCUGGGACGGGAAAACCAUGACCCCAAUUGUGCGAGAUGCUUCAUGAUGCAGAAAGCCCAAAGCAUGCGCAUCAGCAUAUUCGAAGCUCCUCUUCCCAGUGACCCUGUCAUCACACGUGCGGUCAUCUUCGAAUUAGCUUGCCCGAGGGAGUUCGCGGUAUAUCGAGACACGACAUGGUGGCUUCUUCGACAGCUCGCCACCCACUUCGAUGGCAAAGAUAUUCAACCGCGGUGUCUACUCAGAGACUAUCUUCAGCUGAAGCCUUUCGGGAGACUGAGCCGUCAUAAGCUUGGCUUAGCCUCCACUACCAAGCCUUUUCACGUCACUCAUUACACUGCUGUGCCGUUUCCGGUCGAAUGGGAAGGAGGUCGAUAUGGUGUUUGUCGUCCAAACGCUUUAAAGCUCGGUUACUUUGAUGAGUCGACUUCAACAUGGCCCAGCCGACAGAGAUUUCAGCCUUCAUUCAACCACCACGUGGCUUUGGUCUUGCCCAAGAAUUCUCCGUGGAGCGAGCUCAUGGAGACCAAGGCUUCCGCUCUGAGCGGUCCAGGCCCAUCAUCGUACGAAGUCGUUGCAAGCCAGUCAAGCUGCCCUGCGGGGAUCAACAACCAUGAAUACCUUGCCAUGCAGACGCUCAUGACUGGGAAAGCUCAGCGCUGGAUUGUUUUGCUCACGGAGCUGGCUUCCACAAAUUUGAACUUUUCAAGCGAAGCCACCAUGCUUCUAGUGACCCACCUCAUCCUCCAAAGCGGCCCGCAAGGCAAACGCGGCGACGUUCUUCGCACCACUCACAAUAUUUUUCGGAAUAAGUCGUUCUGUGAUAGGCUUCUAGAGCAGGUGCAGAUGAGGCUCGAAAGUGUACAGGCAAAUUGGCGCGAGACGUAUCAAAUGGACACCUUGAUAACAUUUCUACUUCGGAUCCACGCCCUAACGGCUGCUACAAGCCCCGAACAACACAAAACACAUUCGACCAUUAUUCGAGCACGUGGGAUCUGCAUAACCUGGGUUAAGAUGCUUCGAUACGAAGCGUCCCGAGAAAGCGAUGUUGAUAAAGCCCGCAGGUGCCAACAGUACGCUCUUUGGGCUGCGAUUCUCUGCAAGCGUACUUACAUCAUCCAUGACAGCCGGUUUGAGAAUUUUGAUCGCUUCUUACUGCAAACAUACAUCGAGUGUUGCAUCACUGUCCAGGACCAUUUGGUUGUUGACGUUGGCGCACUGCCUCAGGUCCUCCAACACGCUGUUGUCUCAGACAUGAAGCUUUCAUACCGCCUGUCAUCAACGGUGCGCAAGUCUGUGAUGUCUUCACCCGAUUUCUUCAGAAUCGCGAUUAUGAUGGUAUGGCCCGAAGCCGAUGGUCAUCCUCGUACAAUUUCGUCUCUUCAGCUUGAAAAAGAAUGGGUCACCUGUGAGAUUCGCGGUCACGAUGGUUGGGAUGAGCGCAUACAGAAGGUUCGGUACAAUACCUGCACUGGGUUGCUUCUCGUUGAUAAUCACCCCCUCGGAAAACUUCCCAAACCGCCUGAACACGAGAAAACUCUGACCGAACUGUUUGGUGAGCAGGCUCUCCUCACGUUUCCUUCGGACAUGCCUGGCAUGGACUACACACUGAAUGUCAAGCAUAAUGGAUACCGUGUUGACGUUGGGUACGAAGGCCGUUCCAUCAUCAUUCGAGCUACCAAGGCACAGCAGUAUCUGCAAUUCAUAGACAGGAGCAUUUUCCAGUCGCGGGACUCAUGGGAUCUUCCCGGUCCUCUUGUGAAUGAUUGUGUUCAUUGGCUGGAUAUUCGCAGUGGAAAGGUGCUCAUCACCCCAAACGCUGACAAAUGGAACAUCAGUCAUCACAACUGGACGCUCGAUGUCCAUCAUCGCAGCUGUUCGCUCAAUGGUGCCCGACUUGUGGACACUCACAGCGCAUUGUUCAAACGCGUCGCUCGCAUCUUCCAUGGCUUUGAGACACUAGGGCACCUUCUUGUGUGGCAGCCACCCAAGGGACAUGUAACAGUGGAGAUCCGCCGACUGCAGCUACUAUUCUACGUCAACGCCCACCACCUGCUCGAGUCACCUCAGUUGGGCUCUGAGAUUGAUUCGGACCAAGAUGCAGGGACGUGGUACGGCCUUGAAAGCAAGCUGGUGCUCCGGAACCCACGUGAUCCGCAGCAGAGGAGCAUCUUGGCCCCCUUGGGGCCAAUGGAAGCAAUACGGAACGGGGACAGCAUGCUGGUGAGUGUACAGCCCAACGGAGAAUAUGGAAAGUUUGUCAUCAACAAACACUUGGGACGCAUCGAAUCAGCACCAGAGCCUAUGCUGCUUUACAUGAAAGCACAGCUGCACGCAUAUACGUCUUCAGCGUUCCCGGACCCCCUCACUGGACGAACUGGCACCGAAGAGGCUUUACAAUGGCUAUCCUCUGGAAUUUGUCAACCCUGGUCUCCCCUCAAUGGUGGGCCAAUCAGAAUACUUGUCAAGAUCGCGCAGCUCACUCCACGGCAUGAGUAUUAUCCGGUGGAUCUCAAGGCAAUGAAGACAGAUCACUGGGACAAGAGCUUGACCGAAGGUUUACAGCACGAGAACUUCAGGCCUCUGGUGGAAGAGAUUCUGUCAAUCUCCGCGGAGCUGCAAACGUUUGCGCUCAUGGAUGUCGAUGUUGGUGUACUGCCACCCACAGGCGACGUUCACCUGCUUGAUCGGGCCAGGCUUCGCAGGCAGAUCCGUGAGCGUUCUUUUGGUAACAGCACAAGCAUUUCAAAUGCCAGCGACUGCGAGUAUUUGUCGCGCGAUAUCCCAGCAUCUUCUAAUCAGCGCCACUUACAAGUUCUGGAUAUUGUGAACUUUCUCCGAACUUGGCCGGAAAAGAAGAAAACGACGCAGUAUCUGGCACAGCUGCUUUCCCAAAACAAAUUGAUCGGUGGUUUCCAAGAUAUCUGCGACAAGAAUUCGUUGAACGACCGCCUGAGCAUAGACCUUGCAUCGAACUGGGGCGCUUUGGUGAAGUCUUGCCGGGAACAACAAAACCCCUUUGUGUUAAUGUUCAUGCUGGCGCCCAUGGCAUACGGCUCGAAAGCUGACUUGAGACUUGUCAAGACUCUGGCAGCGUUUGCAAUCUUUGAGGAGCUAAGAGCCGUCGAGCUACCUCCUUGGGUCGAAUAUCACAAGUUUCAGCCGAAUCAAAUCCCUCAGCUUGAUGUACUGAUGGGAGUAAUUGGAGCGUUUAAGACCCCAGCCCCCAAGAACGACGACGACCCCCUGCAAAGCUUUGCGAGUUCCAAACAGCUGCGACGGAUGAGAGGCGAGAAAGCAGCCUGGGAUUCAAAAGCCGAGGAUGAUUGCAGGUUCUUGGCAAAGUUCCUCCUGGCACAGUGGCCUUGCAUCGAGCCGGUUGUUGCAGAUUUGUCCAAAUCUUUACUAAUCGACAUUGAAGCUGCUUUAGCAGUCGUUCGAGUGGAAUGGAAGCGUCUUUAUCAGAAUAUGGACCUCUGCGCACACUUGAGUACUGUUCAGUUUAUUCUGGACCGACGCAAAGCUGAUACAGAUUACGAGGCCCCAUGCUUCAUUGGAUCAGAGGAGAGUUUUGGGGACCGGCUGCGCGGCGGUGAGAUUCCUUUGUUGCGGUCUACUUUAUUGAAGAAGACAUUUCCAAGUCUGGGCAGCGGUACAACGCCGAACUCGGAAGCAGAGCUCAAUGUUUCUACGACUCACUCAAACUCCGGCCGGUCUUCGAAUCACUUCCGCCAUCCAGCUCAUAUUCAUCAGCCAAUCAAACUUCCCACAUCUACGAUGCGGAGUUCAGGAACAAACGUUUUAGCACCAAGCUGGAUGCCCGCGAAAAUGACGCUGAUUCCUUCGACCGAUGCUAGCGCUGAGCUGAGAAAGAUUGUGUCGAACCUCUGCAACUCCAAGUCGAUGGUCCGCCAGAAAUACGCGGAGGAUCUGCGGAAGAGCUUGGAUGCUUUCGUUGCCCGGGGGAACUCCAAAGACACCAAAGGCAAUACGUCGGCGGACUUCGUAUCCCGAGAAGUCUCUCUGUCGCUUCAGUCCACUCAACGACGCUUCAAGGCCAUUAUGCUUGCCCUUGAGAAGCCAGAUGAAAGCCUUUCUGCCAAAUGCGUUUAUUGGCUCAAGGCAGGACAGCUUUGGCCAGCUGUGACUACGGUGACUCUGUUGGAGCAGCUCCGAUCGACAGCUACUCCUGUCUUAUUCGGUGAUUCAGUGUUUGAUACAUUGCUAGACUUUGGCCUUGCCAUUACAGGCGCUCAGCGAGAUCUUCGUAUCAAUCAUGCGGUUAUGCGUGGCGAUGCUGGACGAUACGCAGACGAGAUGUCAAACAAGGGCCACUCAAAUUGGCAGCCGUCCGAACAUCCCGACUGGCUUCUUCUCGAGAUUGAGGCAAACCUGAUGAUUCGACCUGAUCAGGUCGAUGUCGCCCUUGCUACAAUAUCCCCGGCUUCAGGCUACAAUUCUGUCCUACAAAUGAACAUGGGACAAGGUAAGACAUCUUGUAUUAUACCCAUGGUGGCCGCUUCGCUGGCCAACUGCCAGAACCUGGUGAGAGUUGUUGUCCCCAAGGCCCUUUUGUUGCAAACGGCACAGCUCCUCCAAGCACGUCUCGGCGGCCUUCUCGAUCGACAAGUUCGACACAUUCCAUUUUCUCGUCGGACUCCUACCAAGGAGAACAUUAUACGAGCGUACCACAAUAUGCAUGGAGCCAUGAUGAAGAAAGCGGGCAUUAUGGUAUGCCAGCCAGAGCAUAACCUAUCUUUCAUGUUGAGUGGUCUGCAGCGUAUGGUCGAUGACAAGAUGCCGGAAGCUGGGCCAAUGGUCAACAUCCAGUCAUGGUUACGCACUCGAUGCCGUGACAUACUAGACGAGUCUGAUUACACCCUCGCUGCGCGAACGCAGCUAAUCUACCCGUCUGGCUCUCAAAUGACUGUCGACGGGCACCCCCAUCGUUGGCAAGUGGCCCAAAACCUCUUGCACCUCAUUGACAGACAUCUGCACGCCUUGACCCACGAUUUCCCGAAUUCGAUUGAAGUCAUUCGACGCUCUGGUGGAGGCUUCCCAUUGCUGUUCUUCUUACGAACAGACGUUGAGGAGGCGCUCAUCAAGCUCCUCACUUCAGAUGUGCUGCGGGGCGAUGCUGGCAUUCUUCAUUUGCAGAAUCUCGACGCUGUUGACCGCCUUGCAGUUAGGGAUUUCUUACUCAACGAGAGACCCCGAGAUGGGACGCUGCAACGCAUCCGUCAUUUGUGCCCGGAUAGGCCCAGCGUUAAGCAGACCAUUUAUCUGCUUCGAGGUGUUUUGGUCAACCGCAUCUUAAUGAUGACUCUGAAGAAGAGAUGGAACGUCCAGUAUGGACUGCAUCCUCUUCGAGACCCCAUUGCGGUGCCUUACCAUGCCAAGGGGGUUCCCAGUGAGCAGUCAGAAUGGGGACACCCGGACGUCGCCAUCUUGUUCACCUGUCUCGCGUUCUACUAUGACGGUAUCAGCAUCGCCCAGCUGACCCUAUCUCUCCAGCAUCUUCUCAAGUCUGAUGAUCCGACAUCCGAAUACGACAAAUGGACUCAAAGCAGUCCAGGUUUCCCAGAGAAUCUCAAAGCCUGGAACUCGAUCAACGUUGAAGACGACCAGCAACUUGGUGAGAUAUGGAAGGCUCUGAGAUACAAUGUUGCAACCAACGAUUUUUUCAUGAACAAUUUCGUCUUUCCUCAACAUGCGAAGCAGUUCAAGGUUAAGCUUCAAUCCAACGGCUGGGAUAUCCCGCACUUCUCCAUGCAUGAGGCCGGUCAAUUCACAAAUGGAGAUCAGACAAGACGAGCACAGACUGCGUCGUCGUCGUCAGCCCUGAAAACCGGCUUCAGCGGUACCAACGAUAAUCGUACAAUGCUUCCGCUAACUAUCAAGCAAGACGACCUUCCUGGUCUUUCGCACACCAAUGCAGAAGUUCUAACCUAUCUUUUGCAUAAGCGGUCUCGAGAGUGCCAUAUGGUUGUUGGGCCCCGUGGCGCGCGUGCAUCCGAGUCUGACCUUCUCAGAGAGCUCAGGAAUCGGAAAAUCAAAAUUCUGAUUGAUGCUGGCGCUCAGAUAUUGGAGAUGGAUAACGAAGCUCUGGCUAAACAAUGGUUGAUGGUAGACCAAGACGCUCCUGCGGCGCUAUUCUUUGACCAAAGCAACAUGCCAUGGAUAAUCCAGCCAAAUGACAGAAAAACACCACUCCUGGUCUCCCCUUACGCCGAUGACCUGAGCCAGUGCUUGGUGUACUUGGAUGAGGCUCACACAAGAGGUACAGACCUAAAAUUCCCUCCUUCAGCCCGUGGCGCGUUGACUUUAGGACUGGGUCAAAGUAAAGACCACACAGUUCAAGCUGCCAUGAGACUGAGGCAGUUAGGCACUACUCAAUCAGUGACAUUCUUCGCUCCUCCUGAAGUGUACCAAAGCAUUAUUGACCUUCAGCGGAAGCCACUUGGGGCACCUAUUGACUCCCGUGAUGUGAUCUCCUGGCUGUUGGACAAUACUUGCGAUGGUAUUGAGCAACUACAACCGCUUUACUAUUCCCAAGGCAUGGAUUUCUGUCGUCGAAUGCAGGCUGCCAUUGACAAUCCGAACUUUGUCAAAGACAGGUACCAGCGGGACAUUUAUCUUGCGACGGUCAAGCAGGACGAGCAGCAUAGUCUUCAGAAGCUUUACGAGCCGAAAUGCAAGGUCAAGGGCAAUAGUGAAUUCCAGGCAGGGUCAGACGCGAGAAUCAGGGCCUUUGUUAAAGAACUCAACAAGAGACGCAAGGCAUUCCAAGACACAGGCCGAGCUGUGCAUGCCUCCGCUCUACAAGAGGUCGAACAAGAACGCGAAGUGGAAUUCGAGGUCGAGACGGUUCGCCAAGUCAAGAAGCCGCACCAUUACCCAGCAUUGACUUUUCCUGGGCUGCACCCAGAGAUUGAGUCCUUCGCCAAGACGGGAAUUCUACCCACCGGUGCCCACACCGUUGUUCCCGCCAUCGAGUCUCUGUCCAAGACUGCGAUAGGCAAGAAGUUCAAGGUCACGGACCGAUCUUUACAGCCGAAACUCUACGUAACUGCAGAGUUUGAACGCACAGUCAAGCUGAAUUUUGACUUGACGAGCGACAAUUUCCUGCGCAACGUCAAUUGGAUUUUGUGGAGCCGCGAAACAGAAGUCGCUUUGGUUGUUAUACCCGAAGAGGCCGAGAUUCUCUUGUCAAUUCUCCGAGAUCCAACCUUGACCUGUGCGACAAACUUGGUUACGUACGCUGCGCCAGUCGCCCGGAAGAUGCUUCAUUUCAGCGACCUCAACUUCUUUAGUAUCCCUUCCCUCCCCCCUGAUUGGAAGGCUCCAGAUUGGUUGAAGAUUGAGCUAGGACUCUAUGCAGGCCGCUUGUACUUUGAAUGGACCGAGUACGACCAGCUCUGCGAGUUUCUCGGCAUCGAUCAGUCACUGCCAUUGUUGGAAUACCUGGAUCGAGAGGGAUCGGACAGCGACUCGGCUGAUGCGCAAGUCGGAGAGAAGCACAAGGUACACGUAGCUCCCAACGGUCUCACUGAGCGGCCCCUGUCCUUUGUGCAGGAGUGGCUCGCGGCUCGCCGUCGGGGUCAGGACUUUGUGUUUACUCCAAUGGGGUUCAUUGCCCAGGGCAAGACGCUCCAAGAGGACCACCCGUUCUUCCGCCGAGUCAUCACUGAUAAGCAAGACAAACUUCAUCCCCUUACCCAAAGCAAGCCAGACGACAAAAAGGAGGACGGCGGUCAGCACGUGGACGUCUUGGGGUUCGAUGACAUGGGCGCCAAUGGAGAAGACGACAGUGAUGCACACGAGGACGAAAUUGAGUACAACGAUUCGGAGCUGGGAAGUGAAGUUGGGGAGGAUUGA